CCGCAACCUCUGGCAAAGGAGGUUUAUGUGUCGUGUCGUCAAUUUAAAUUUAUUUUUCGCGACAAUAAAAAAACGUGUGCUUGAUUGAAUUUACGGUUAAUUAAUGUAUGGUGUUACAGUUGAGUGUUUAAUAUAACUGCUGGUCAUGUUAGAUUGAAUAAAAUCAUCAUCAAAUGCAACAGAAACCUGUCGAAUGGACGUUAUGUUCGAAAAGUGAAACAAAAACAUGGCAGCGUUGGUAACAUUGCCACCAAAGUGACGCUUGGCGCUUCUGCCAAAAUUUUAAGUAACAAAUGUGACGUUGAGUAUAUUGGCUGCUUUCUCAUUUUAUGUAUUUAGUUUGACGUGUUACAAUUUUCUCAGUUAGUCAGCUAAACGUGACAAGUGAUAGAACAAGGCGGAAGAAAAGCAAGUGUGUAUGUUUUCAACUGGAUGUCAGAGUUAAUCUUCUUCUGUAUACAUUUACACUGUCGUCGAUGUAAUUAACAGUGAUGGGAUAUAUGUAAAAGGGAAAAAACAAAUUUUCUAUGGUUUUGGUUUUUCAACACUUUGGAGUAUCGUAAAUAAAGAAUGUUAAAACAUCCGCAUGGGAUGACAUAUCGUGAAGCCUUUGGAGCAACGGUUGAAAUUCUAGGAAAAAUAAAAUAACAACGUAUUCUCGAGAAAUUUGGAUAUCUCAUUUUGGAGUAAAAUUUUUUGUUACUUCUACAUAACUUCAAAGUACUUCACGAGAUAGAGUGGAAUUCCUUUGUCCUCGCAAUAAAACACACUGAUCUUCGUGGUGGUGUGUGGUGGUGGUGGAUAAGAAGCAGAACAACCACAAGACGUUUCUUCGACCGGUGAAUGUCCGUCCGUGCGCAACGAAGCGCGAGGGCAACAACCAAGUACCACGAGGCUAAAUAUUCAAGGUCAAGAGGAUACAAAAUAUAAGAAUUAAGCUGUCAAUGUCCUUGUUAUAUUUUUGUGCAACUCAAUCUCAUGUCCAGGUGAUGCUGGUGGUUUAAGUGACGAGUAAACAGUGCGUAUAAUCAUUUAACAAAGCACAUUAGUGGAAUAUUGUUUGGAGUACUCUCUGGGAUACAAACAACGAGGGAAGAUGCAACGAAGAUCUUUAAUAAGAGGUGGAAUGGUAUUAGUGAAGGCAGCUGUACUAGCAGCUGUUUUGGCCCAACUUCUAGGACCAAGUGAGGCUAACAGACCAGCCGGUUCUCAUCCAGGCCAUGCUUACUUCGAACAACCUUGCUGCGGUCGCUCACAUUUGCGGCAUCACAAAGAACAUGUUCGAGAAUUCAGCUGUGGGACGCUGUACUACAGGACGCUUUACUUGGACAGCAAAAAAGAUACGCUUUAUGUUGGAGCCAUGGAUAAAAUCUUCAGGCUCAAUCUCACCAACAUCAACCACUCAAACUGUGAAAAAGAUGUUCUGAUACUCGAGUCAACUGAGACAAAACAGUGUGUGUCCAAAGGAAAGUCCGAGCACUUUGACUGCCGUAACCACAUACGAGUGAUUCAACCAAUGAGCGAUGGCAACCGCUUAUAUAUUUGUGGUACUAAUGCUCACUCGCCAAAGGAUUGGGUAAUUUACAGCAAUUUAACUCAUUUGCCACGACACGAAUUCGUACCAGGUGUGGGGAUGGGUAUAGCGAAGUGUCCUUAUGAUCCCGCUGACAACUCCACGGCAGUUUGGGUAGAAAAGGGCAAUCCUGGCAACUUGCCGGCCCUAUACUCUGGCACGAACGCAGAAUUCACUAAAGCGGAUACAGUUAUAUUCCGUACAGAUCUGUAUAACUUGACCGACGGUCGUAAAGAGUACAGUUUCAAGAGGACACUCAAGUACGACUCCAAGUGGCUCGACAAACCAAACUUUGUGGGAUCAUUUGACAUUGAUGCACACGUGUUCUUCUUUUUCCGAGAGACAGCAUUAGAGUACAUAAAUUGUGGGAAAAGUGUGUACUCUCGAGUAGCUAGAGUCUGCAAAAAAGAUACAGGAGGCAAGAACAUCCUGGCUCAAAAUUGGGCAACUUAUCUUAAAGCCAGACUCAAUUGCUCAAUUCCUGGCGAGUUUCCAUUCUACUUUAACGAAAUUCAGAGCAUUUACAAAGUACCGGGUGAUGAUUCCCAUUUCUAUGGAACGUUUACUACCUCGACGAAUGGUCUGAUGGGUUCGGCCAUUUGCUCGUUCCACAUCGAUGCCAUCCAAGAGGCUUUCCGUGGUAAAUUUAAAGAACAAGCGACCAGUAGUAGUGCUUGGCUUCCUGUACUCUCCAACAAAGUGCCAGAGCCACGACCAGGUCAGUGCGUCAACGACACGGAAACACUUCCUGACACCGUCCUAAAUUUCAUAAGAUCACAUCCACUCAUGGACUCUGCCAUAUCACAUGAGAAUGAAAAACCAGUUUUUUUCAAACGUGACAUCAUGUUCACAAAACUUGUGGUAGAUAAACUCAAGAUUGACUUCAUUGGUAUGGAUCUCGAGUACACAGUCUACUACGCUGGAUCUAACGAUGGGAGAGUGCACAAAGUUGUUCAGUGGGUAGAUAUGAAUGGAGAGUCUCAAUCAAUACUACUUGAUGUUUUCGAUGUAACCCCUGGUGAACCUAUUCAAGCAAUGGAGAUAUCUAAAGAGCACAAAGCACUUUAUGUUGCCUCAGAUCAUCGUAUAAAGCAAAUCGAUUUAGUUAUGUGCUCUCGGCGAUAUGAUAACUGUCUACGAUGCGUUCACGACCCAUAUUGUGGCUGGGACAAAGAUACUAAUGCUUGUAAACCAUACGUACCUGGACUACUCCAAGAUGUCUCCAACAAUACAGCUGAUGUUUGCGACAGCAGUGUAGGCAAACACAAACUCGUUGUAACGUGGGGGCAAUCGGUACACCUCGGUUGCUUCGUCAAGAUGCCUGAGGUACUUAUGAAUCAAGAAGUCAGAUGGUAUCACUACAGCAAAGAGAAGGGAAGGUAUCAAAUUGCCUACAAGUAUGGUGCUGGAGGUGACAAGUUCAUUGAAACAUCAGAGAAAGGUCUUGUGAUUGUUGGUGUGAAUGAACAGGAUGCAGGAAGAUAUGACUGUUGGCUUGGUGGUGCUUUGCUUUGUUCUUACAACAUCACUGUUGAUGCGCAUCGCUGCUCAGCUCCGGCCAAAGCUGCUGACUACCAGAAAAUUUAUUCUGACUGGUGUCACGAAUUUGAAAAAUACAAAUCAGCGAUGAAAAGCUGGGAAAGAAAGCAAGCACAAUGUGCAUCGAGACAAAACGACAGCAAUCAAAAUAUCCAUACGAAUGAAGUAUACGGAACGCCGUUAGUGUGAUCAAGCGAGGAUUUAGAGCCUUCGUCUAACAGAGAGUACAACAAAGUCCUUACUGAUGUUCAGCUGAGGAACAGUGUUUCCGGUGAAGUCAGCAUCUGGAGUAGCUUUGCACUUCUGUUGCUAACGGCUCACUACCUCUACAUUUAUGCGACGACUGGAUUUUUAUUCAUUGUGUGAAUAUAUUAAUUAACAAAUGACGAAAGUGUUCGAAAUGAAAAAACUCGAAAAACUCCAUAUAUAGUGCCAUCCCCAAUUUUUCUACAUCGUGUGGAUGAUAAAAAAUAAGUUCACUUGAAAACUCCAGUGACUGUCGUGUGAUAACGCGUCUUUUUUUUUAAUAAUUACUUUUUUUAUUCAAGAUAAUAUUAAUUUUAUAUAAUUGCCAUUCGAUUAAAUGUAAAUAGUUAUAAAAUAGAAAUGUGACACGUUAUCGAUUGAUGAUAAUAACGAUGAAUAAUCGAGACAUGAACUCAUCUGUCUUUAAUAUCGAGUAUAAAGUUUUUUUAAUGACAUUUAAGGCAAAGCGUUCAUUCGAUUAUCAAGACUGGAGGACCAAGCGACACAAGUCGCAAAGUUGAAUAAACCAAUUCGCCUAGUGAGAGGAACGUUAAGUGAGGUACGAGCAUCAAAAAAGUAUUCUCUGUUUUAUCAGACCUGUGAUAUGAAUGGGUAGCCAAGUAAACCCCGUGUUUGUGCAUUCAACGUCUGAAUGAAAAGUUUCGAGUAUUCGGGCGUGUAACUUCACGACCACGGGAAACUUUUUUGAAAAGCAGAAAACAAUCAUGUGUAAAGUGUGUUGAGCUUGAUUAUCAAGAAGACACAUUAUUAAUAAUAUAAAAUAGGAUAUACAUCUAGGAUUAAGAAGAGUUUGAGGAUGCUGAAAUAAUGCAGAGCUGUCCAAAUAGUCGCCUCUCGAUCGACUUAUCAUCAAUACAAGAGAGUUAAGCGUGUCUUAGAUGUUUCUGCCAAAUAAUAUGCAGAAUUCGACAAGUUACACAAUGAGAUUACCGACGGUUUUAUCGCUAUGACAUUUAUCGCGCAUUUUUAAAAUUAUUUUAAUUAUUCUAUUUGAUACUUUUUCAACUGUAAAAUAUUCUUAUGUCAAUAAGUAUCAAAAUCUAAUUUUAACUUUAAUUAUAUUCUGAAUUAUUACCUUGUUGCAUGAGUCGUUGCGAUUUGAUUUUAUAAAUAUAUUUGUCUUGAAGAGUAAUGAGUUUUUCAUUUAAUAACAAUUAUUAAUAACUGUUUAACGUAGAAGUUGGGUACAAUGUGAGUUGUUGAGAUGAUUGGAAUAUUCAAUUAAUUUAAUUGUUCAUUAAUUUUGUGACAACUUCUGCAACGACUUAAUAAUUUAUUAACACAAUAGUGUCAAGGAACUCAGCAUAAUGAAUUUAAUUUCAAGAAUGUCGCGGCUGUGUUAGCGAAGGCCAAUUUUGUAAUAUAAUGUCAUGGGUCCGGGUCGGGGACCCUUUCUUUCCCUUUACCAAGGUACUUAUGGGUGGGUCUAUCUCUCCCUUCGUGGAAAUAGCAUCAAGUACUCACAAGCCCAACAAGCUCGACGCUGAAAACCAUUUUACUUACUCAUACACACUCUCCAACCAUAUUCAUCUCUCACUCGGUUCCUAUAUCUUCGCCUUUCUCUCUUCCUCUCAUGCAUUAAACACAUGCUCAUUUACGUGCGUGCGAGCACGUCCUCGCGAUCAUAUUGUACAUACAAGAUUCAGAAUUCACAUGUAAACUCUAGUAGACAAGUCUAAUAUUAGCGUAGGUAUUAUUAGUGUCUGUGCGUUAAUUUUCUAUGAGCCAAGAGAGUUUGUGAUUUUCUCUCCCGACUCUCGGGAAAUUAGCGGAAGUAUCUAGUGAGGUACAAAAUCGGUGAAAUAUACGAAAUAGGUGUGCGAAGUUCUCCGGUUAGCAUCAUCAUCAAAUCUUUUCAACAUCUAUCUACCAACAUGUGAACUAAAUUUACUGGAUUGAUGCAAAAAUUUCAACAGGUUUCAUUCAUUCAAUUUUCUGAUUGAGGUUUAAUAACUUUGCACCUCAUUUUUUAUAUUGUUUUUAUUGCAUAUUAAUUCUAUUGUUAUAUUUAAAUUUUAUUUCAAAUUUUAAAUUUAAAAUAUUACAGGGUAUUUUACCAAUAAAUUUUAUUAUCUAUCGAGUCCAAGAGUUAAAUAAAAAAAAAAAUGUACAGAAAUUAUUGCAGCAAUCGAUAACCAUUGCAUUUUCAUUACUCAUAUUCCUGGAAGACUAUUUUUGUGAAGAAAGACUUUUUAUAAAUCUUCGGAUUGAAUAAACACAGACCUGCCAAUAACGUCAUUAAAUCGAAAGUAUUAAAUCGGGGAUCUUCAAGCAUCUUCAUGUAAAAAAAAAAUAACAAAAAAAACCAGAACAAAUUAUAAACAAUUUUUGAACAGACGAAUUUAGGUUGAAAAAUGGAAAUAAAAAGAAUGAAUAAAUUAAUAAAACAAAGUGAUAGUACAUUCUUUCCGUCGGUUUGUAAAUAAAAAAAAAAAAAAAAAUAAUCAUAUGCAUUCAUAAACUUCUUUUAAUGUCAUAUUUUUGAUUUAAAUAUCGACAUAAGCGAUAUGGUAUCUACCCUCGCGAUGAUUUGGUCACCGCAGGUUUUCUGGGCAAACGAAGGGUAAUAAUAUUGUUUUUAUAUAAAAGACAAAAUUUAUAAUCAUUAAGCUCUGUACAAAAUACUCUUGUGGCAACUACUGAGAAGGAAAUAAUUGUCAAAAGAUAACUCAAAGUAUUGAGAAAAAUAAUACAAGUGAAUUAUUUUCCUCUUUAGCUUUGAAAAAUUAAUGUUUAUUUUUUAAAAAAUAACUGGUCUACAUUGUGAAGAUAAAUCUAAUAACUGGAUUUUAUUGUAAUUAGCGAGAUCUGUAGCCAAUAAGCGCAAUGCAAUAAUUGUUCAACGGAAAAGAAAUUGAAUAAAAACAAUACUGAUUCUAUAACUGAAAUGUACUUAACAAUGAGCUUCGAAAAGUAUUGGAUAGUAUUAUGGAUUAUAAGGAAUAAGGUAAACAGUAAAUAAAAUAUAAGAGACAAUAUUCGCGCAUCAAUUCCCGACAGUAUUGCUUUGACAUAUACAUAUUUAAGUUCCCAUUAGCUCACCAAGCUCAGAUCACCAUUUUUACACGACCGUUGAGAGUAGACGCGCGAUAUCUGCACAUGUCUCGCUGAUUCGCAACAUUCACGUGAACCGCCCGCUAAUCAUACACACACCGGAUGAAAAUCGAGAGACAAAUGGAGAGCGGAUGAAUACGUAAAUGAAAUAUGAUUCUUACCUUAUGUGAAGGUAGUAAAAGAAAAAUAUAUCGAAAGCGAAAAGCUACAUAAAAUAAAAAUAAAUUAAAAAUAGUGAAGUAUAUGGUCUUUGGCUUAAAGAACUCUAGUUAAAAACGUAAUAAAGACUAUAAAUAUUUAAAAAAAAAAUUUAUCACAGGAUUCAUAUUAAUAUAUCAAACAUGAGAAUAAAAUUA